AGGACCUGGGUUUCAGUGAUGAGACAUGGGGUAUGAUGUAACCCGUUUCCAGGGGGAUGUUGACGAAGACCUCAUCUGUCCCAUUUGCAGUGGAGUCUUGGAGGAGCCAGUCCAGGCGCCUCACUGCGAGCAUGCUUUCUGCAACGCCUGCAUCACCCAGUGGUUCUCCCAGCAGCAGACGUGUCCGGUGGACCGGAGCGUUGUGACUGUCGCCCACCUGCGCCCAGUGCCUCGGAUCAUGCGGAACAUGUUGUCGAAGCUGCAGAUUGCCUGCGACAACGCUGUGUUUGGCUGCAGUGCUGUUGUCCGGCUUGACAACCUCAUGUCUCACCUCAGCGACUGCGAGCACAACCCAAAGCGGCCCGUGACCUGUGAGCAGGGCUGCGGCCUGGAGAUGCCCAAAGAUGAACUGCCAAACCACAACUGCAUUAAGCACCUGCGCUCAGUGGUACAGCAGCAGCAGACACGAAUUGCAGAGCUGGAAAAGACCUCAGCGGAACACAAACACCAGCUGGCGGAGCAGAAGCGAGACAUCCAGCUGCUCAAGGCAUACAUGCGUGCUAUUCGAAGUGUCAACCCCAACCUCCAGAACCUGGAGGAGACAAUUGAGUACAACGAGAUCCUAGAGUGGGUGAACUCUCUGCAGCCGGCACGGGUGACCCGCUGGGGAGGGAUGAUCUCCACUCCAGAUGCUGUCCUCCAGGCUGUAAUCAAGCGCUCCCUGGUGGAGAGUGGCUGUCCUGCGUCUAUUGUCAACGAGCUGAUCGAAAACGCCCACGAGCGUAGCUGGCCCCAGGGUCUGGCCACACUAGAGACACGACAGAUGAACCGGCGUUACUAUGAGAACUACGUGGCUAAGCGCAUCCCCGGCAAGCAGGCUGUUGUCGUGAUGGCCUGUGAGAACCAGCACAUGGGUGAUGACAUGGUGCAGGAGCCAGGGCUUGUCAUGAUAUUCGCACAUGGCGUGGAGGAGAUAUAGGAGAUCUCAACGGGCUGUCUGGAAGAGAUGAAAAUCAGAAAAUCCUUCCACUCCAGCAGUGGGGCCCUAAGUCCUCCCCAUUUUCCUGAAUACUGUGGCUUACACCAGAGCCACACAUUUCCCUGCUCUUCUGCCACUGAAGGGGGGCCCCAGGGCACUCUGCUCAGCCUUUCAGGUGGGAAACCCAGAUUCCCUCCUUUUGCCUAAUUUCUUCCCCUGAGAUGUCUGUAAGUUUUCCAUCUGGUUGGGAAAGUCCCCACCUCUAUUUCUGUUUUCCUGCCUAGGGUCCCUGGUUCCAGAUAUUUUCAGAAAGCACAAAGAUAACUCAUCUUCUCUGGAGGAUCAGGAUGGAGUGAGGAAUCUCUAACUGUUCCCCUCCUCCAGAACCAGGGAAUCCAGAGCAGGCAGGCCUGUUGACUCUACACAGCAUUUAGAGGGUGGCUCUGGGGAGCAGACAUCCUGAAGAAAUGGUAAGGGUGGAACAAAACCCUAGAAAUAAUGAGGCCAGUAGGCCAUCGCUGGUGGCUCUUAGGGGAAGACUGGACCUCUGUGCCAAGCAAUACCCCGUUCAGCCCACCUUAAAGAUGUGGGCUCCCCACCAGGUCUGCAGGUAUACAGGUGGGGAUGCGGAAAAUUUCCAGAUGAGCUCUUCUUUCCUAUACUUUCUCAUGAUUAGGGAACGACAGGGUUGGGGGUGAGGGGUUAGCCUAUUGGGUGAAUAUGCUCAGCAGGAAGCAGCUCUCUGGCUUUUGCUGAAACCAGGUAGGCACUGCCUCUGUGGCAUAGCCCAUAAUAGUUCCGUAGACCCCUCUCCAGCCCUGUGAUUGUAACUAGUUAUUUUGAUAAUUUCCAUUGGCCAUUGUUUGUUUGUUUCACUCCCUCCCUCCUACUUUUUUUCUUUUUUUUUAAGAAUGGCCUGAUUAUGGCUACCCCACUUUUCCAGCCUAGCCACAUUGUUGGCAAUUUAAUUUAUUUACUUUUUUUUUUUUAAGAAAGGAAAAA